AGAAUGGGUGGCGCGCGCAUGCGCAACGCUAAGACUUCAAACCCAGCGCUUGUUGGGGGUUUUUAAUCAGAAGGGCCUGGAAAAGGUCGCUCUCUCACAGAAGCUUAAAGAAACGCGCAGGAGGAGAAAUGACGUAAUGGCGGUUAACCUGGUGUGGAUUGUCCGCAUGCGCAGAGCGGAGGAGAGGUGGGGGUGAAACCACUCGCGCAUGCGUGGUGUCGGUGUUGGCUGCCGCUCCCACCGUGACGUCAGUCCUUCCACCGCCUGGAAGGGGCGGAGUCCCGCCUCUCGCCGCCGCCGCCGCCGCCGCCUUCCUUUGCCCGAGCGAGUCAGGCGGGCGCAGCCAUGGCCAAGCACACGGUCUCCUCCGCGCGCUUCCGCCGGGUGGACGUGGACGAGUACGACGAGAACAAGUUCGUGGACGAGGAGGACGGCGGCGACGGCCAGGUGGGCCCCGACGAGGGCGAGGUGGACUCGUGCCUGAGGCAAUAUCCUGAGGGAGACAGAAACGAGUCGCGGGGAUCGGGGGGUCUCUCUCCCUUCCCAUGGAGGGCGGGCGGGCGGGCGGGCGGGCUGAGGAGGUGCCUUCCCCCCCCCCCGGGACAGGCGCUGCGCCUCCCCUGCCAUCUCCGCUCCCGCUGGAAGGGACCUCGGGGGUCAUCUAGGCCAACCCCCAGCAGUGCUGGGAUCUUGUCGCCCAACCCCCGGCCCCGAGGAGCAGGGUCGCCCUGCCUGCCUGCCUGCCGAGGCCCUUGGCUUCUCCAUCUUCCAUCUCUUCCGCAAAGGAGGAGGAGGAGGCGGGGCGGGGCGGAGAGAAAGGAUGACAGGAGCCCGGAACGUGGGCUGUGCUCCCCACACCCCAGUAUGGAUACCGUUUUUUGGGGAGGGGGCUUCUGCUACACCCGCAGCCGGUGCCUGCUCGGUGGGAGCAGAUCCUCCCUCGAAUUCCUCCCUCGCCCCGUCUGACUCCCUAAGGGGGGUUUGCGAACCCUUCUCCCUUUCACAGAAUUGUAAAGGGGCCCCAAGGGGUCUAACUCCCUGCAAUGCAGGAGUCUCACCUGAAGCAUCCAGGGCAGAUGGCCGUCCAACCUCUGCUUAAAAUCCUCCAUGGAAGGAGAUUCCACCACCACCUGAUUGAAUCCUCCACUGUUGAACAGCUCUUACUGUUCAGGUUAGGCUGAGAGACAAUCUUGCUUGUUGGAAGAAAACCUUACUGUUUUCCGUGGGGCUUUCUCUUGUGUAACAGCACACAAGACUGCAUCUUGGUUUUUAAUCAUGUGUGUUUACUUGGAAGUAAGGCCCACAGUUAUGGGCUGGUUGUAUUUUUCACCCACAUUUCACACAGAUGCUUUGUAGGCGGGGUAUAAAGGGAACCUAGCUGACAUUUGAACUUUUAACAUUUCAGACCCAUUCUGUACAACUGCAAACAAUUAAGAUAUCUGUAUAUGCUUUAAUCUGACAAAGGAGCAUUGAGAGACCAUUGUAAACCACACUGGCUCUGAGCAUGAAGGCAUCUCAAUGUAGCCAUUGUUUCAGCAGACUGUAAUGUUGAGGUUCACAGUCAUGCUGUCCUGUAGUUCAUGCUAUUCCUCACAACAUUUCCAUGGAAGAAAAAAGAACUGUGGUGUAAAACAGAGAGUGAUUUAUGCAAGAACAAGUCAGUAAAGGCACUAACAGCUUUGGUUGAACAUAUAUUUUAACUUUCCUCCACCUUUAAUACACAAAGCUUUAUCUUGUUUUCCUGCUGAACACACACACACACUACUCUGCUCCUCCUUCAGGGUUCAUUGCUCUUUUUUUCCACAGGUCAAAAGUUAGGUCUGGAACUUUUUCUUGAUUGACACUCUAUAAUCAUUUAAUCACUUCGUGGAUUUUUUUAAUUCAAAAGUGUGUGAAAGAGUUUCAUGGUUAACAGCAUUGUUGAAAACACACCUCUUCAAUAAUGUUAAAAUUACUUGAUCUGUUUUCCAAGCUGUGAAUUCAUGUGUCUGCAUAGCAUAGUUGAAUCUCAUUUUUUAACAUUCUCAAAAAUACCCCAUAUCAUGAUACUGUAGUGUAGUACAAUUUAAUAUUGAAAAAUGAGAUUGUUAAUCAGCUAAAAAUGUUUAGCCAUAUUCAGUGGGUCUACUUGUAAGAAUUGCAUUAGUCUGUGGAUAGCUUUAGUACGAGAUAAGUGUUCAUGGGGCAGAUGUUCUAUUUUCAUUAGAACUUAUUUUGUAAUAAGCUUCAGGCAUAUCUGAAAAGGAAAAAAUAGCUUAAUAUAGUAUAAUCUGAAUGGCUUAACAUGGUAGCAGCUUUGCACAUCUACUUUUAUAAGUGUCUUUUCUCACUGUUUGCCUGCACAGUCCUAAAGCAUGCAUUUGAUAGUGUUACAUCAAAUUGAAGAACAUGGGAGGAGGAGUCUGCAAAGCAUUACAGCCGUCUAACUUCCUCCUGUCAGACUAAAACAGUAGAGGAAGUACAUGAAUUCAGUAGGGUCUUUCCUUUUAUGGAAACAGUUGCAUCUAGUCAGUGAUAGUGCAACUGGUAUUCAGUUCCAUUUUGUAAUCUUAAGUACACUCACUUGAGAACACAGUACAACUUAUUUCUGGGUGAAUUUUCAUAGGAUCAGGAAAUUAGUGAUUUGUCUCAUUUAUAGAAGAAACAGUUUCUAAGAAUUACACUGUUUAAAUGGGUUCCAGGAAGUAAUCAAGAAAGGAACCCCCCGCCCCCCCAUUUCCAAAACCAAAUUGGGUCUAAUUAAAAUACUGUUCUGCAUUGUCAACAGGCUGGCUGUUUUUUUAAAUCACUUGAGAUGUGUUAAUUUUUCUUUGCUUAUUAGAUAUAGCAUUCUCUAAUCAACCACUAAGAUUUUUCAAUCUGCUUGAGGCUUCUCUAAGCUCUGUGCUAUGUAGUGGGAAAGAGUAAGGUUUGAGUCAGAAAGUCCUCUCUUCAAAUUCAACUUCAGCCAUUUGUGAAGUGUCCUUAUACAAACUAGUCAGCUUUAGUGAUUCUCUCUUCACCCCCAGCUGCAUAAGAUACUACAUAAGAUACUGAAAAACCUUACGGGGCUCUUUUAAGGUUCCUGUGAAUGUAUCUGAAGCAUUUUGAACUCUUGAAAUGUGUUCUAUAACCAUUACUAGUUUUUGAACCCUCAAAGCUUGGCAAAAUUGUCUUUUCCUUAACUGCUGUUUACGGGGAACAUGAUGGCUGCAUUACAGGCAGCUCUGAAAAAUCCUCCAAUCAACACCAAGAGUCAAGCCGUAAAGGUGAGGUAACAGGAGAAUUAUGGUGUAAUAGUGAUUGAAGACUGCUCUUCUUUUUCAGAAUAUUUUAACCACAUCUAAAAACACUGCUGAAUUGCUGCAUCACUGCUGUAACUCUCAAAACUUAGUGGACGUGUUUAAGUGUUAUUGAAUUGGUGACUUCAGGAUUGGAUAACUGCAAUUAAUGUAGAAUGCUGCAGCACAGUUGCUGUCAAAGAAGACUGUUGUCAUACAACACCUCUAUUCAGAUAUCUGCACUGGUUGCUGAUUUGUUAUUGGGCUGAGUUCAGGGUAUUAGUAUUGGAGUAGAAAGCCCUUAAUGGCUUGAGACGAGCCUUACCCCACUGGUGCUCACUUGACUGCUUUGAUCUGUGCACCUGGCACUGUUACAGGUGCCACAUAAUACUCUUUCUGCAAUUGUAAGAAAUCAGUAUUUUAGUAUAGCAGUACUUAUACUUUGGAACUGUCUGUCUAUUGACAUCAGGCCAUGUAUUGUGUCUUAAUUGAUUGCUUUCAGAUCAUCCUAUUUUUUUCAGUCCUGAACAGGCUGACGAAGCAAAACGAAUGAAGCCCUAGUUUGCAUUCAGUGGUUCAAACAUUGUGCAGAUGGCUAUAAUGUUUAAAGUUCUUUUUAGAAGACAAAAGAGAAAAUUAAUUAUAAAAGUAGAAAUCCAUUGUGUUCCUGUUGCUUUUUAAGUAAGGCAUGGGAGACAGUUCUGCAGUGAUAAAUAUAUAUUUGUUUACAUUUUUAAUCCUACUUCUAUUUAAUUCAAAACAAUGGUUUAGCAUUCUAUGAACAAGCAAGCCUUGGGCUCAUCAGCUCUCCAUCUCCAGUGCAGCUGUGUGGAGGAGAUUGAAAGCUUUUGCUUCCAGUUUUAACUAUCUGUAGUUUGUUGUUCUGUCCAAAGUGUGGUUACUCUAAUCUAGGUUUAGGGUGGGGAAAAACAACACCAAACAAUGGAUUUGGAAGUUGUAUUGUUUCCCUAAACUUUAGUUAAAUUCAACCAUGGUUUCAAAUUUGGACAUAACAAUAAACUGUGGUUCAUUGAAAAAUACAGAGAAAGUGUCUGAUUACAUAACUGUGCUGGACUUUGGGUAGUGCACAGUAGUUUAGCGUUAUGUCCAAACCAGGUCACUCUAAUAAGAACUUGCUGAACUGUUUUUGCCAAAGCAAGACAAAAGCAUAAAGUGAGAAAUGCAACUUAGACCCUGCAGAAUGAUCUGGGUCUGGUGUACCAAUGAAGGGAACUGGGUAGGAAAUGGCAUAGAACAGGAGUGUCCAACUGGUCAGUCGUGAUCUACCAGUCGAUCACAGGGUGCCCCAGUCAAUCCUGGUCGAUCGUAGGACCCCCCCCAAAAAAAAAAAGCUCAACAACUUUGGCUAAUUGGCUAAUGUUCCCCCCCUAAAAAGCUCAACAACAUUGGCUCAUCCUCCCUGCAAAAAAGCUUAACUACUUUGAUGCUAGUUUUUUAUAGUGGGAGUAGAUCACAGUCUCUUGGAAGUUGGACACCCCGGGCAUAGAACUUUUAUUUGAGUUUGCCUCUUUUGAAAAUUGUUAUCUGCAGCCUAGUUAAUCUUUUGCCAUUUCAGAUAAAACAGAAGUAUUCAUAAGGUCUUAUUAAUUCUAUAUUAGAACUAAUUUAUUUAUGCAACACAGUUGCAGACACAGUCAUAAUAGUCAUGUAAGUCUAGUAGCUUAGUACUUGUUGAAUUUUCAUGGUAAUUAGAACCUUUCUUAAUAGUAUAAACUGCAGUGGUCAAACCAAGUGCAUGUUUGCUCAGAAGAAAAUCAGCUGAGUUCAGUUGGACAUGCUUCCAAGUAAGCGAGCACAGGAUUGCAGUGUUCAUGGUUCUUUUUCUGUUUGUCUUUUUCAAUUUUUCUCUAGGAUCGUGCAGAAAGUAUUGUCCUGAAGGUUCUCAUCUCUUUCAAAGCCAGUGAUAUUGAAAAGGCAGUACAGUCUUUGGAUAAGAGUGGAGUUGAUCUCUUAAUGAAAUACAUCUACAAGGGCUUUGAGAGCCCAUCUGACAACAGCAGUGCUGUUUUACUACAGUGGCAUGAAAAGGUAUGAUGGCUUGGAAUCAUUCCUUUCUUGGGGUCUCUGAGUUGUGUGCUAUUUUUUCUCCCUUCUCAAUAAAGCAUAGGCAAGAAGGGAGGAAAAGGUAACAGAGCCACAUGCAUCCCAAAGAAUAUAGUAUACCUGAAAGAGUUAUUUAGAUAGACUAAAAAAACUGGAACUUUAUCUUAGAAAAGAAGCGUCAGGUGAAUUGGGGAACACAGCAGAAGUAAAAUGAUGAACAGGCUGGAAAUACUAGAAUUAACCCAAUGGAAUGGGCAUACACAUAUUUUAAUAUUAGCAAACAAUUCAUUUUCCAAACUUACUACACAAUUUAACUCACUGAAUAAUGUUGUUUUUUUCUAAAAAAAACUUGACUGUUUUGUCUUUGGCAAUGAGGGAGAGAUUAAUCAUGAAAGAUAGGAAUUGCCUGUGACAAUCCUGUUGCUUAAGGCAUGCAUCCUUUUACCUUAAUUACUUAACUGCUGGAAACCAACAGAACCAAAUAUAUUUCCUUAGAGUUUAUUCUCACUUCCAUAUUUAUCACUUGAUGAUCACAAGAUCUAGGGAUGACUUGUGUGUGAAUGUAAGCCCUUGUACAGAUGGAGAGAAACAUCCAACUGUAUGAUGGGACUUCUUCCAUCCCUGCUAGAGCUCUCUACACUCCUCCAAAUCUGCCCUGGAAGGUUUCCCAGUUUUUUGGAGUAGUCAUUGGGGGUGCAUUAGGAGUUGCAAGGGAAAGGGGGAAUCUGUUCUGCUGGAGGACGACACCAUUGGAUUUUCCCCAGAGCUUCCACAUCUCCUGAUGCUUCAUUUAUUAUUUAUUCAACUUAUACACUGCCCUGUAGACAGAGAUCUCGGUGGUUCACAACAAGAUGGCAACAUAUAAAACCAAACCAAAAGCAUCUCAGACUUGAAAAGUUUGCCGUGGCGUUGGUUGACACAUUCAGCUAUCAGUCAUCAGUACUUGAGUAAUGAAAUGAAAUGAAGUGAGGUGUAUGUAUAUUUAAAAAGCUGAGGGUGGUAUUUAGCUAAGCCUUGCUUGGAGUAGACCCACUGAAAUUGGUGGAUCUGCUCUGAGUAAAACUUCAUUGAAUACUAAAUACAUUGUACUUUUUCAUGUGUUGCUAGACACCUAAUAGAAACACUACUUUUAUGCUUCUGUGGACCAUAGUAAUGAUUUGGAUUGGAGUAACGUUCCUCGGAGAAAAAUAAGGCACCCACCUAUGACAUCCUCAGUAAAGCAAAAUAAAUAUUUCUGUUCACUUACUGAGUAUGAUUGAGUGCCAUAGAAAUAAUGCCCGUUGUCAUCAAAAUUUGUAAUUGCCCAGUGAACUGAGAUAAUUUAAUAUACAUUAAAAUGAGUUUUAGUUGAGGAAAUAUAUGUGAACAUGAUUCUGUGAAUGGUUUGUAUCUUAAUUCAAGCUAGUGUGUUUAUGGAGUGUACUCCCCUUGUCUUUUUUGUGUUCCCAGUUCAAUAAACUGAUGUUUCUGAUUUCUUGUGCCUCUUUGAGAUAGCCAUAUAAAACAUGCUAGUAGAUGUCUGCUUAGUUAGAGUUGUCUUCAGUGAGUGCUUUAACUUCCUCUUCCUUGUUGUCUGUUUUCAGGCUCUUGCUGCUGGAGGUGUAGGAUCCAUUGUCCGUGUCUUAACUGCCAGGAAAACAGUUUAAGUCCAGCAAAAAUUGCCCCUUCUGCCAUGGGUGUGGGAAAUGCUCAUACAAAGACCAAAACAACCAAAUGCCAUCACCGCCCUGUGGGUAGCAUCUCUCUUUCUUUCAGCUUGCCUUCUCGCUUUUUCAUAUCUGUGGUAUAAUAUGCAUAUCAGACUUCUUUUGUGAAAUGUUGGAUAAUUAUAUAAGUGCAGUUUUAUUUCUAAAAUGAGUAUCUGGUACUCGCAAAGCAUUUCAGUGACACAUGUACAAGUGUUUGCAUAGGAUGAUUUAAAAAAAUCAUGACAAUGUGCAACCUUCCUUCCCCAUUUUUGGCCAGAAAGUCUGAGCAGAUGGUGGGGAUUGAGGUCAGUUUUAAAUUCUUUAGCUGGUUGGGCAGCAUUCCAUGUAAACUGCGUUGAUAUGGGACAGCUUACAAAUAACAAACUGGACUAGUCAAUGUCUAACCUUACAGCAAUCGGCAAGGAUCUGUCGAGUCAAGUUGCUCAUUGCUUGGUUUUCCUAAGUGUCCCACACUUUUCUUUGCAAACCUUUUUACAUGAAGAAUCCACAAGCGGAGAAUGUCAUUGUUUCUGUGAUAAUCCAUCAAGCAAAGAGAACAGGGAAAACAUUUUGGAACUCUGCAUAAUAGCAGCUGCCUCUGAAUAACCUAACAAGUGUACACUGAAGUAAGGGCAGAAUUACACAUUGCACUUGACGUGGGACUGCUGCCAAAAAUAAGGUCUUCAUGUCAAGUUUCCUUCUCCCCGUAACUUUUAGAGUCUCUUGACACAUGCCCUGAUGUCAUGUGUUUCCCUGUCUUCAUCACAUCAUUGCCUACUGUUGGAAUGAAAAUUUGGCAUAAGUUCAGGACAUGGGAAAAGUAUCCUAUACUGCAGAGGUCAGGGGGAGGGGGGACAAAACAUGAGAGUGCCUAUUUUGGUGUUAGCCUCAUAUCAAAUCUAAUGUAUAGUUUUAUUCUAAGUUGCAAGCGUUUCUUGAUCAGUGUUCAACUAGUGGGACCUAUAAAAUCUUAACCUCUAUUCCUAAUAUGGUUAUGUUCCAUGUAUUAAGGGAGAAAGUACUGACCAAUAAAAAAGUACUUAAAAAGAAAAAAGACUUUCUAGGAGAUCAUUUGCAUUCCAGACCUGGAAACAGCUUGAAUGUGAAUGACAUAGGAGGAAAGUUGACCAAUGUGUUUAGUUUAUACUUAAUGCCAGUUUUGUAUCACAAAACUGGAAAGGAAUUAUAAAAUGCUGCUCAUUUUUAUACCUGCUUUUUUUGUAAAAUGAGAAAUCGAAAAUAAAAUGGUCACUGCUAAAUAUUUUAAUAUUCAAGUGUAAUUUUGUUGUCUGUUGUUAAUCCACAUUUAGAUGGGAGGUGAUAAUAAAUGAGCAUCUAAGAACAAAGUUGUUUAUCAACUCCAAAAACAAGCACUAUAUAAAUGCUUUUAAAGAAGUACAGUUGCUGAGCAAUCCUGUGAUCAAGCCUUAGGCUACAAUCCUAUGCACGCUUAACUGGAAGUCAGCCACACUGAACACAGUGGGACUUCCUUCCAUAUAAAAAUGCAUAGGACCACCUUAAUGUCUUAAGUAGGACCUCUAGAAUGUCACUUAUCUUAAAGCUUUUCUAGGACUUUUUAUUAUUAUUUUUUAAAUAUUUAUUGAUAAUUUCCAAAUUACAAGAAAAAUAAAAAAUAAAAAACAGCACUACAAUACAAAAAAAAGAGAAAAGCACAAAAUAUGAAAACCAAUACGACAAUACAGC